AUGUCCUCUGAUGAUAUCGACACCGCUCUAGUGACCAUUCCAGUCAGAACUACCAUUGUCAACAAUACAGCCAUUCUCGACAUCCAUGCUCUCUCUUCUGACUGGAACAUGUAUCUUGUUAUGCUCACUCCAGAGAAUCCAGGACCUAUUAAACUUGUGCUUCAUCUACAAAACCGUUCAGAAGGCCCCAAGAGCCAACCCUGCACACAGGCCGAUGUAAAGAUAUUCAAUCCGCCUAAAGUCUAUCAUCUGCUUGCAGAACCAGUUCUGUGUCUCAUAGACCCUGGCUCAUCGGAGAACCCAAAGCCGAUGAUUCUAAUGGACAGGCUUGCGGCAACCUCAUGCAUUAGAGACGCCUCACGCGUGUGGAAGCUCUCGCAAGUCAGCACAGAUGAGAAUACAACCCAACAGAACAUCAAGCGGCGCCAUGCAGACAUGUAG